CAGUGAAAUAGUGGAAUAGUUGAAAUGUUGCCCAAUUGCAGUGCUUACCAAUCGCAAUGCCGGCCGUCCAAUCAAAGUUUAAAAUACUAAUAUUAAAACAUUACCUUUGGAAUAAAUUGUAUAUUUAAUAUUUUUCAAUAAAGUUAUUUAAAAAAUGCUGCUCUUUUUUAAAUUGUGUGUGACUCAUCUUCCUAGCUAGUGUAAGGAAGAAGGUGGGGGGACUAGCUUUAUGUCGAACGGAGAGAAGCAUGUGGUAGAUCAUGAGUAGUUGUCAAAUACAGCUACUCUACACAUUUGUUUCUAUCAUUGCUCAUUCAAAUAACUAACUACAAUAUGUGUUUCGCAUUGUAACAUGACUCUGAAGCGGUGCUUGGUCUUAAACCAGCAAAGAAUUGGGGCCACCAUGGAACCCGUUUUCCCGGCCGAGAGCCGGUUCUUUGGCGGUGGAAAAGCAAUGAACAGAUCUUAUCUAAAACCUACAAGAUGGCUUAUCCAACAACCUUGCAUCAAAUCGGUGGCAACGGUGGUCGAUCGUUUUCCUUGACUGGAGAGAAAACUGGAGCCACGCUAAAGCAGCUGAAUGUGUGGGUAGGAGACUCGCAGGUGAAGGGUGUCCAAGUCUACCUCACAGAUGGAAGUCAUGAUCUUUUGGGGGAACGAUCUGGUUCUAGUGAAGAGUAUACAUUUCAGCCUGGGGAGUGUUUCACCUCUCUGUCGCUGUGGGGGAAUGGAGAAGGUUCUCGUCUAGGGGCCAUCAAAUUCAAGACAAAUCGUUCCGGAGAGUUCUUCGCCAAAAUGACCAGCUGGGGAUUGAAGACAGAAUACCCCAUCGAUAUUGGCUCUGGAAUCUGCUUCGGGGUUGCUGGAAGAUGUGGCGGUGCCAUUGACUGCAUGGGCUUCAUAUUCCUCAAUGCUGUCAAGAGAACCGUUUUGAUGGACGUCAACUACCCAACAAUGAGCCAAGUUGUACCGCAGGUGACUGUAGAAGAAAUCAAAUCCAUCACCUACGACAACAACACCACAGCCGACCAAGUCAACCAGAUUGAAUCCUCCAAGAAGAUUACAAAGAAGUCCUCUUGGACUGUGACCAAGCGCAUGGAGGCAACUUUCAGUAUAGAAGUGAGUGCAGGAAUUCCAGAGGUAGCGGAGGUUACAACUGGAUUCAGCUUUACCGCGGGAACAGAGAGCUCUUACAGUCUGGAAAACACUGACGAGAGAACGGAGACGGUAUCCUUUACCAUAAAUGUUCCUGCAGGAAAGAAGGUGAAAGCUGACAUUACAAUCGGUCGAGCCACCAUUGACCUGCCUUACACUGGCACUGUGAAAAUGACCUGCAAUAAUGGCAGCGUGCUUCAGUAUGCCACCAGUGGUGUAUACAAAGGUCUUACCUACACCGAAGUUAAACAAAUUGUUACAGAAAUGUAGAACAAACAACGAAAGCAAUGUACAUGUACAUGCCUGAUUGCCUUUGCUUUUUACUUUACCAUGAUUAUUUUACUUCAUUGUUAGGAACAUCAAAUACAUUUGACUUUAUCACUGCAUUUGUACUUUAAGUUACUUAUUACUUAUUGGUUAGUUAAUGACUUGUUGUUUUAAGAACUUGCCCUUAAAUAAAAUGUCUGUUGGACACGUUCUUAGCAGCAAUGAGAUGUUUUUGACAGAUUUGAAUAUCAUAUUAUUACAAUUAAUUUGGCUUGUAGCGGUAGACUUCAUCUUAUAUGCGCUGUGGAGUCUAUUUUUAUAUAACAUUACAAGAUUCUUAUUAUUACAUUAUUUGCUUAUUGUGCUCAUUGUAUGUGCUGUGACUUAGGAAUAAAUGGACCCAAUCACCCCCCCCCAAGUUUUGAUGGGGUGGACAGGAACGAAGGGAAAAGUUACAUGAGAAAGUGUUUAGCUUGCAAUAUUGAAGGUAGCAAGGUCGAGUGCAGAGACUGAGAGAACACAAAGAGGUAGUCAGAACAGCACAUCGCACCGGCCUUCACUUUGUAUGAGAGCCGCGCUCCCCCGCAAAGCUAGGAAGCAACAUUAUGGUUUCCCGCUAUAUCUGAAGAAACGUUAGAGAAAACAAAUGAGUAUGAUGGUGCCAGAGUAGGGAGGGACUUCCACAGGCCGGCCGAAUGCUGAUUGGAGGAUCGUGUUGCCAAGAGACUCUAUCUGAGUCUGUGCACCAACCAAAGAGAACCAAGUCUAAACCACGGUAUCUCUUCAGCUAGUCUUGACCAAUCAUAAAUGUACGGGCAACGCCCUGUGUGAUCAAAUGUAUUGUCGCACGAGGUUCGAGGCUCUUGACGGAUUUGGUGGUUACAGAUUACAGCUUUGCUGCCUGUGAUUCCCGGAGACGUGAUGAGUCCUUGGCCAAGUGAUAUAUAUCUUUUGCUCUCUUUACAAUAAAUAGUUCAACUUA